UUUUAUUCUUUCACAACCUAAAUGUUCUUGUAUAUGUACAGAAUAUAAUAUUAUCUAGACGUAUAUGUACAUCAAUUCAAAGUUCACGUGCGACCGUACAAUUUGAAAUAGCUUUUAGGCUACAUUUAGUUUUUACAAAUCUCCAGAUGUUUCUGGAUUGGAAUUCUGAUUGGCCUGCUCAACCUUUCAUCUUCACGUGAUGAUCAACUUCACAGCUAGCUAAUUUUGUCAAUCAAUCAGACUACCUUUGCCUUCAGUCUGAAUAAUUCGUUUUCUUUUUCUAAUAACACGGACACUUAAUGGAAUGUCUAUUACCACUAUGAACAUAUAAUUUAAUUUGUGAUUCGUGAUGGAUGAAAGCCGUGAGACAGUCGGAGAUUUCGACUGCCCUAGCCUACUGUGUGAAGAGUUGGAAGGUGUGGAGGAAAAUGGCCACGGAGACAACAAGACACAGGAUGAGGAGGAUGGAGAGAGAGGGGGAGAGAGGGAGAGAGAGGGUGUGAGAGAGGGAAGGACUGAGAGGGAGAGGGGAGGAAGAGAGAAGGAAAGAAGGAGAGACGUCGCCAGGGGAGAGGGAGAUGAGACAGAGACAGGAGUGGAAGUGGAGGAAGAAGAGGGAGAACAUGGGGAGGAGGAGAAGGAAGGGGAGGAAGAAACAAAUGGAGUGAUCAUUGAUGAAGGGGGCGUACAUGGAGCGGAGGAGAGAGCGGAGGAGGGGAGUGAGGGAGGUGACGCACGUGAGUCCGCUGUCACUGAGAAAGGAGAGGAGGAGGAAACGCUAGAUUUCCAGAAGGGAGAUGAACAGAUGGACGGCAGGACCAAGACUUUCUGGAUCGGCAGCGAGAGCGCUGACGUCAAGGAAGCGGCGUGGGGCGGCGUGGACAGGGAUGGCGGCGAAAGAGAACGAAAGUUCGAAGACGGAAUACUGCUGGAACUGACCUCGGUGAAUCCUGAAGGCCUGGCCGAGUCCUCCGCCGUCAUUGGACCAAGCUGUGACCUAUCAGACUCUGGCUACCUGAGCUGUGAGCCAGGACUCUACUGCCCUCCUGGCCCGCUCCUCUAUCCCCCACCACCCCAGCCCAGCCCAUCUGGCACCAGCCCCCCCCCCAGCUCCCUCCUCCCUGACCUCCCCCCUCCUCCACCCCCUCAGCACCUGCAGGUGAGCGCAGAGGAAACGAGGGGCAGGGGGUAUCCUUUAGUGCGUUCAUCUCAAUGUUCCCGCUUUGAAACUGUCGACCUGAGAGACCUGGUGUCGCCCGCUCAGGUGACUCAGGUGUACGCCACCCGCCACGCCGUUCACUUCAGAGCGAGGAGGAGGCGGGGCCAGGAGCCGCCCUUCCCCAUGUUGCCGGUGGUAACUGUUGCCGAGCCUACGGACCCGGCCCUGGCCCCGCAGCCCAAGAAGAAAACACGCACGCUCUACAGCAUGGAUCAGCUAGAGCAGUUGGAGAGUAUGUUUCAGGAGGAACACUAUCCAGACGCAGAGAAGAGGAAAGAGAUUGCCGCCACAGUGUGUGUCACCCCUCAGAGGAUAAUGGUGUGGUUCCAGAACCGGAGAGCUAAGUGGAGGAAGGUAGAGCGUUCCUCCUCAGCCAAACCAGAACACAAACAGAGCCGUAAGCACCGCAGCAGCCCUCGCACCGGCCACUACCCGCUUCUGGCCCCGCUGGACCCUCUCACCAGGGGUGCAGCAUUUUCCGGAAACAUCGCCCCUGCGCCUCCUCCCCCUGCAGCCCCCCUGCCCAGCCCCCCCAAAAGCUUGCCCUCCUACAGUGCCCUACUAGCCAGCCUACAGAGUCCUACAGGGAGAGGGGCAGGUCCAGCGGGGCAUCAGUCUGUGCCACAGGGGGGGCACGGAGCGUCAGUGGAGACCUGCCCCCCUCCCAUGGUGAGCCCGCCCCCUCUACGGCGGGCCAGCCUGCCUCUCGUCGGCAACUACAACCCCCUGAACACUGCGCCCCCUCUCCACAACGCCCCCGCCCCCACCCCCUCGUCCUUCUUCCUGGACAUGCUGGAGGGCAGCUCCUCCCUCCCCCAUGCCGAUCCCCCCGCUCGAGAACCCCAGGGGCUCAGCCUACAGACAGAGUCUGGCUCUCUGUUUGACUAUGGGGAGUCCCUGGGCCAUCAGAGCGGCUCGUUAUCCUACCAGCUCCAGCCCUCCUACCAGGCCCAGAACCACAGCCAGAACCACAGCCAGAACCACAGCCAGAACCACAGCCAGAACCACAGCCAGGCCCACAGCCAGGCCCACAGCCAGGCCCACAGCCAGGCCCACAGCCAGGCCCACAGCCAGGCCCAGGCCUCUCUCCCUCGCCUGGCCUACCUCAACCCCUCCCCCUACCUCCCUCCCAAUCCCUCAGAGUCCAACCCCGCCUCCUACCUCACCUUUGGGUCUGGUGGAGGAGGCGGGGUGGUGACCUAUGGCGGCGGAGGCCCCGCCUACUUCCAGUCCCAGAGUGGAAGCCAGAUCGUGCUGCAGUCCGGACCACAUGGGGGAAUUGCAGCAUACCAGACCUACCCGUGGGGUGAGGUAUACAGCCAGCCAGGCAUGUUCCAGCGAGCUUCGUGUCCUCAGUACUCAACCAGAGACCACGUGACAGCCUCCGCCUCCUCCUCCUCCUCCUCCUCCUACCCCUACACGGCCUCCGUUCCCAAUCUGCUGCCCCACCCAAACUACCCCAGAGGGGGGCUCGGCCCCCCACACCCCCAGAGACCCGCCGCCAACACCACCGCCUCCAUGUCCGCCCCGCGGCCCCCGUUCUCCAGAGCCGACGGCGCCCUGCCCAAAGCGGGCCCGCCUCUGGUUCCUCACGUGAGCCCCGCCCUCCCCGAACCCCCCCUGGAGCCCCCCUGCCUGAAGGCGGAGUACGACAGCCCCAGGGAGGUCCACAGCCAUUUCCAGUGUGACUUCUCCCCCAUCCACUUUUGACCGUGUGUUUUUUGGUCGUUGUAAGAACGUGCUGAUGCUCCUCUUAGAUCUUUGAGAUCUUUUCACUGUUGUUCCAAAGGUUCCGGAAUCUAAUUUAUGUGUGUUUGGUUGUUAGUGUUCUAUUUGUGUGUGUGUUUUUGGUUUUUGCAUAUUGGAGAGUAAAAGUAGUAUUCAAGUUUUUGUUUAGAUUACAGGGUUUAGAUUACAGGGUUAAUUGUUUAGAUUACAGAAAAAGACCGUUUUAUUUCCUCUUAAGCCAUUUAAGGGUUGAUGACCGUGUUUAGCCACUAGAGUGUGCCAUUCUCCGUGUAAGAGAUCACAAUGUUGAACAUUACAGUAUCUUGCCUCCCUCAAAGGAUGUGUUUGUCUGUGUGUCUGUUAACUAGCGAUCCAAACAACAUCUCAGUUUAUC